CUCAUGUAAACAAAAGUAAAGCCAGUUGCCCUUUAAACAAAAGUCUCCUUAUCUGUCGGACCUGCUUUAUACAGCCCCAUAGUAAAUCAAACGAUCGUACGGUGAAAAAAAAAACGAUUAAACAGAAAUGCCUGGUAAAACAGCCGAGAAGGCUUCCGGAAAGGAUAAGCCAAAGACAAAGGCUAAGGCCAAACCGGUAUCCCAAUCCAGCCGGGCCCAAAUCACAUUCCCCGUGGCUCGUGUCCACCGGCAACUCAAGAAGCACAACACAUCAAAAAUGCGCAUCGGAGCCACCGCAGCCGUGACCACCGCUGCCGUCCUGGAUUACCUGACCGCCGAGAUUCUGGAGUGUGCCGGCUACACCGCCCAGAAAUUCAAUGUGAAGCGCAUUACCCCGCGCCACCUGCAGCUGGCCAUUCGAGCUGACCAGGAACUGGACACCCUGAUCACGGCCACCAUUUCCGGAGGCGGUGUGAUUCCGCAUAUACACCGAUUCUUGACCAAUGAGAAAAAUGGUAGCGGAAGUAAGGAUCGAGAUCCUGAGGAGGAUGAGGAGGCCACAUCCUCGCAGGCCUACUAAGCCAGCGAGAAAUUGAGGACCACUUUCAUACACUUCAUAUAUUCAAUGUGUUCUAUCUAGCAUCCCCCGAAAAACCCACAAGCAUACAAUUUUCAAGAAAAAACGAACCAAUAAGAAACAAAAACCAAAGCAAAGUUAUUACACUGGAAAAAUUAGUUAUAUGAA